AUGUUCAACGCGACGACCCACGGCAUCGGCGACAGGAUAAAGGCCAUGGAACGCGUCGUCUACUUUCUCAUCGCAAAAGCAGAAGGAGAUCAGCACGCAAAGGCACUCUUACCAAUGUUUCCGUGUAAGCAACCUUCUGAUACCGUCAACUUUCGCAACAUUGUUACAAAAUACUUGGAAACGCUUCGAGCGGCUGCAAUCAAGUCCCAACAGGCUGCGGCGAAAGCAUCGCCGAAUGCUGGAUUCACGAAACCUACAGAGUCACAAGUAAGAAAGACGGUGACGGAGAAAGCGAGGCUCCCGCCCAGAAAACCUGCCGUCAGUGCUCGGUCCGUCUCGACAACCUCGUCUCUAAGAACAGCGAGUACGAGUACAACGUCAUCAAGGUGGACAAGCGCAUCUUCGCGAUCUGUCAGCGCAUCCUCUACCAAAUCUGGAGCGAGCUCCGCCACCAUGGUUUCUUCCCGAAGUACUGCAAGUGCCAAACCAGUCCGACAAAAGGAUGUGUUUGGAUGGUGGUGGAAGGACGUUCCUGUUCGAAAGUCUCUUUUGGAAGAGUCGACUGGACCACGCUUUGAGCGACUGCUCCUUGCUCUCAGUGCGCAUGCGCUCCUGGCCUCGCGAGAGGCAACCUCGAAAGAAUAUACCGAAAUAUUGCAAUCAAUCAACGCUUCAUCAAACAAUAGCCUAUUCGAUAUCCUAGCUGAGCAACCCGAAGAGUACCGAGCUAUAGUAGACCGGAUCAAAGACGUUCAGCUACGGGUCGUCCUAGAGCGCGAGUUGCUGCUCCAGAGGUCCAGGCAAAUCGACGCGUUUCGCGCUGGCUCUGAUGCGGAUGACACAGAAACGCAAGUCCGAUCGAUCCAAGAGCUCCAAACAUCCAAAGGCGACCUUUUAUCCUCAACAAGGUCAUCAUUAGGAAGUGACAAUCUCAACAUGGAAUGGAUGUUCUCUCUCGUCGGGCUCACGAAUGCCGAUUCGGAUCCAACCACAAGUCAGAGUACGGAACCGUCAAAAAGAAGAAAGUCGACCAGAAUGACGAUCCUUCCUCCGGCGCCGCUACCGACGGCUGUUGCGCAACUUCAAACUCAAUUUAAAGCAAUUUUUGACGUUGAUGUCCGUAUCAAACAGCUCUCGGAAGAUCUUGAUACGUAUAGUGCUUCAUCGAAGACGAGAUCCAACGACGAACCUCUUUCUGAGCAAGCGGAGUGCUUGGAGAAUGAGGCUGCUCUUCUCCGCUCGGUUCAGGACUUUACAAAGGAAAUGACACAGUUGGAGUCUCUGAUGACCCAGGAGCUUGCAAUGCGACAGGCAGCGCUCAACGAGGUAUACGAGUUGGAACAUCAGGUCACACCAACCAAGAACAAGAUCCCUUCGGAUAGGGAGAGGACGUUUGAGUUAGAUUUUGACAUUUCCAAAGGUCGUGCAUACAUCUCGCAAUAUCUACAUCAGAAUCGUCUAUCUAGAGAAGAAUUGGCUCAAUCUAUCCAAUCAUCUAUUCAUGCCGACCUUGUUCAACGGGACGAGUCGUCGGAAGAGAGCGACGGAGAGGAAGAAGGGCGACAGCGAUGGCAGAUGAGACUUCCGAUCAAGUCUAGAAUACCCACGUACUCGACGCCGUACAAAUCCAAGAUAUCAACGGAUCAGUCGCCGAAAUCGACAAGGACACCAAGAGGGCUCGUCGUGCCGAAGGCACCUCAACUCUUAUAUCUCUCCCGGGUGUCUCCGCCGCGAACACCGCAGUACGCAACCGCCAAGCAGCGUACACCCGUGCGUGCUACUCCGUCCUUUUUCAUGACACCCACGAGGGGUAUGGAAGACCUAAAGGACAUCCUUCCGCCGUUCCAGUCUCCAUGGAGAAGCGUGACGCGAUCAACCGCCUAUCACGCUCGGAACACACCCCGCAAAUCUGUCGGCAUGACGCCGCGCAAAUCGAUUGGACGAAAAUCAAUAGGCCAACGACGAAUAUCUGGGCAUCGGCCGCGCCUGUCCAAGGGCUUGAUGGGCUCUUCGAGCUUUGUGCGAACGCCGCUGAAGAGUGGGAAAAGAUUGAGUAGUAUCAUCCCGCCGGUGAGCUAUUCAGCCGUGCCGAUGCAUGCAACUCCUCGAGCGAGCUUGGACGACGUAUAUGAAGAGAUUGUCGAUGAUUUGGUCCAAAGCUCGAAGCUGAGGACACCUCCGAGCUCGACGAGUGGGCAGAGGUUGCUCGGGUUGGACAAUAGCGUGCGCCGGACGAGUCCUUACAAGAGGAUGGCGGGACAAGUGGAAGCGCAGAGUCCGGAUGGGAUAUCCGAGUAUGACCAUGUGGUGUCUGAUGCCGCGGAAUGGGACGACGUGCUAGAAGAGGAGCAGACCAAGACACCGCGCAAGGAGGACGCGGGUCUCAACGAGCCAAGCUUUACGCUCCAGGACAUUCUACUGCGAGUCGGGCAGCAGGGUUUGAUGGGGGCGAACGGGACGUUUAAUUUCGAUCUCCUGAAUGGUGACGAUAUCGAUGUAGAAGACGACGAGGAGAGCAUGCUUGGACUGUAG